AUGCGUGUUUCACAUUUGCAUUCAGAUGUGAGACUGGACGGCACCAAGCUGGACGCUGACUCGGAUUCCGAUGACUCAAUGUCCACUGCAUCUUCCAUGGCUACGGCUGCAGCCGAGGCAGCACAGCCUGCACGGCCGUUGCCACCCCAUCGUCCGGUCCUGCACUCCGACCCGAAGAAUACUCCCCCAUCACCCUCCUCGCGACAACCUGCCACUGCCAGUCGCCUGCCCGCCGGCAAAGCUGCCCCUGCUCCCACAGUGUUUCGCCGACCCCGCGGAAGACCGCCCCUCCUGCAUCGCCGCGCCCUGCCCUCCCGACUGGACGACCGGGCGAAAAUUGCCGUCACGGCCUCCGCCACCGCCGCCACCUCGAAACGAAACAGUCUUCUUGGCGGUCACCGGAGGGGCAGGCUGGCCAGACGGGGUACUCCUGCCUUCUCCUCUUCCUCCUCGGCUCGUCUUUCACGUGGUGGUGGCCGCCGCGCCUCGCUUUCUAGUCCGCCGAGUACGCAGUGA